UAUGUCUUGUGGUGAAGAACAGGGGGUUGGUAAUGAGCUGAUGGCAGGUCAACGGAGGAUGACGACAGGUGGGCGUAUGCACAUACGUGUAUCAUAAAGUAGAAACUAAUAUAUUUGAUUUUUCUUAUGUCCGGCCAAGGUUAAUAUGGGGGUGUUUGGGUUAGCUUAUUUUGGAAUUGGCCUUAAUGGUACAAUGUUAUGGAGGUGAUGGUAAGAGUUUGAGAUCUUUAAGAUUUAUGGACGGUUGACAUACCGUCUCAGGAAGGCUCAUUCAGGUAUGUUGAGGUCGUUUUAAACGUCGUUAAAUAAAAAUAAAGGUUUGUAGGUCGUAUUAAUUGAAUUCAAAUUCAAAUGAAUUCUAUGUUUGUGUAAAUGAAUUCAAUUAAAGUAAACGAAAUCAUUGACUGGUCACUGUCAUCGUAUUUAUGAUUACUCCUCUCUUCGCCCCUAGCAACCACCCCUACUACCAUCUCCACCUUGGACACUGUCAUCAUCCAGUCACCACCACUAUCCCGCCUCUUCGACUACCACCUCCAUCGUGUCGUCAACCUCGCCACCCCACCACUGUCAAGUGGUGUUGAUGGCGAACGAAGGCUACGGAGACGGUGUUCAAGGUGGGGGAGGGUGGGGUUGUGGGCCCGCAAAGAUGACGUGGGGUGGUCAAGUACGCACGUCGGGUUCACACAUUAAAAAAGAUAAACCAAUUAUAUUUCGAAUAUAUAAUAAAUGUAUGUUAGUUAUAGUAACAUUCGUUGUUAAAAAAUAAAAUAGUAAUUGUAAUUUUUAGGUAAGUUACUAAGUUCUAUAAUUGAUACGUAAGUUACUAAGUUCUUAUCAUAAUUUAAAAAAUAUAGUAAAAUGCAAUUUUACCCCCUGGGGUUUUACCCCGCUGACACUCUUACCCCCUAAAACCAAAAUCCUCUUGUCCUACCCCCGGAUGAUUCCAAAUGUAAUCAACCUUGGCCCAUCUGUCAUCUUAACGUUAACUUUACCAUUUGAAUUUCGUGAAAUGACCAAAUUACCCUUCUUAAUUCUUUAAAACCUUAAUUUCUAUAUACAUUUUCCCCAAACCACCUGCAGACCUAUUUAAGUUCUUCGUUGAUCAAGACCAAUGUCUGGAUGUUCUUCCAAUGUGUAUCGUUCCAAAGCGAGAAUGAUGAAAAUCGAGCCGUGUGACAUAAUUUGUGCAUGUGGUGGCCAAACACUAUACAAAGAGUCUGAGUCGAAGGCAAAUAUGGGUUGUCGGUAUUUGCGCUGUUUAGGAGGAUGUGGCUUUCUUAGAUGGGUUGAUGUUGGUGAGGAAAAGAGAUGUCAAAUUUGCCAUGAGCCACAAUGUAACCCUUAUGCAAUUGAUGAGAUUCAAAAGGAUGAAGUUGUAGUUGCACCAAUAAAAGAACAUGAAAGUUAUGUAUACUUUGAGGAUCAAGAUUUUGAGGAGAGGCGACCUUAUUAGAGGAACAAAGGGCCAAUGAAGAGUCAUUUGAAGAUCCGAAAAAAAGACUAUGACCGUGAAGUGUUGGAACAUGCAUGAGAUUACAGUUUUGACGAUGAAGAGGAGGAUUGAUACCACAAUCCAUAUGAAGGGGAGCAUAGUUCUGAUUCGGAUUGGUCAUGUUUAGAUAAUUGUCACAGGAAAUAGAAUAGUAUACCAGUGACUGUAUUAGCUAUGUGUAUUAUUUGAUUUUCUAUAGUUGUAGGUUGUCUAUUGGAUUAUGUACUUAACUAGUAUUGU